AAUGAAGACUAUAUUGUUUGCUUCUUUCAUAUUAAAUUUAGUCAAUUGUUUUACGGAAUCUUAUAAGGAUAGUUCUAAUAAAAUGGGGGGUAGUAGAAUCAAGAAAUGCUCCAGUGACAACAAAUUCGGAAGCUUUUUAAGUGAAACCUUAUUUGAUAAAGUGUAUGGUGAUCAGUUCUCCGGAAAGUUAAAUGAAAGUGAAUGUUCUGGUGAUAGCGAUGAAGUUAAAUGUUCAUUAGACGGACUUUUGAUUCAUCAUGACCUGCCUCACUCACACUGGUUGGAAUAUAAAACAAUUUUCGACAAAGCGUACGACAGUCACCGAGACGAGAUGGCAGCACUGUCGCAGUGGCGGCGUAACCUCAAGCUCAUCGCGGAGCACAAUAGGCGCUUUCUCGCUGGGGAGAUCUCUUACACUCUUCAUCUGAACCAAUUCGCUGAUUGGCACCCUGAGGAAUACUUCAAGAAGAUCCUGAAACUCUUCGACACGAUCCCACUGCUGGAUCCGGCGUUGGACAUCCACCGUUCCCACUACCGGCACUCGGCUAACAAAGCUAUCCCAGAUCGAGUGGAUUGGAGAGCGAAAGGCUUCAAACCGAAGCUGGAGGAGCAGUGGCAGUGCGGCGCAUGUUACGCGUUCGCUGUGGCGCACGCUGUGCAAGCGCAGUUGUAUAAGAAGCACGGCCUUUGGGGAGAACUCAGUCCUCAGCAAAUCGUGGACUGCAGCGCUGCGGACGGCAACGAAGGUUGCGAUGGUGGCUCGCUCAGGGGAGCGUUCAGGUACGCCGCGCGCUCAGGUCUGGUCUCCGAGCAAUAUUACCCUUACACUGGGAAGAAAGGUCACUGCAAAUCGAGCGCCCUCCUCGCGCGCACGAAGCCGAAAAACUGGGCGAUGCUCCCGUUCGGUGAUGAAGACGCCAUGGAGAAAGCUCUCGCCACCAUAGGACCACUGGCCGUGGGGGUGAACGCUUCGCCUUUCACAUUCCAACUUUAUAGGAGUGGUGUGUACGACGACCCAUUCUGCGUUCCAUGGGCCUUGAACCAUGCCAUGCUGCUGGUGGGGUAUACUCCUGACUACUGGAUCCUGCUCAACUGGUGGGGCAAGAAAUGGGGUGAAGACGGUUAUAUGAGGAUCAGACGCGGUUACAACAGAUGUGGUGUCGCCAACAUGGCAGCUUAUGUAGUUUUGUAAGAUUUGUAUUAAAUAUAGUUGUAGGAAACCAAAAUAUUGCCUUUUAUUUGACUACUAGCUGUACCCCGCGGUGUUACCCGCGAUUUAUUACAGAUAUUUUCCCGCAGAAAAACGUAGCCU